CCAAUUGGAACUGUCCAAGCUUGGAGUUACACGUCACUUUACAGAGAGCACAAGCCGGCUCGUCGUGAACAUUCGCGGUCUCCUCUGUGUUCUGUUCUUGUCUAUCUUGUGUUUUUGAGGUCCAAAUGUUACAUUUGUUUUAAUAGAAUAAACGCUGAUACGGACGUCACUCUGAUAUUAAAGCUUGCUGAUGGCCACCUACCAGGAAUUCAUCCAACAGAAUGAGGACAGGGAUGGCGUGAGAUUCAGUUGGAAUCUUUGGCCUUCCAGCCGACUAGAAGCGACCAGGCUUGUGGUACCUGUCUCGUGUCUCUUCACACCACUCAAGGAAAGGCCCGACCUGCCCCCAGUCCAAUAUGAGCCUGUCAUGUGCAGCCGAGCCAACUGCAAGGCAGUGCUCAAUCCACUGUGUCAAGUUGACUUCAGAGCAAAGAUUUGGGCCUGUAACUUCUGCUUCCAGAGAAACCCUUUCCCUCCUUCCUAUGCGGGAAUAUCAGAAGUGAACCAACCAGCUGAACUCAUGCCGCAGUUUUCCACCAUUGAGUACAUAGUACAGCGCGGACCCUCAGCUCCACUGAUCUUCCUUUAUGUAGUAGACACGUGCUUGGAAGAAGAAGACCUCCAGGCUUUGAAGGAGUCCCUUCAGAUGUCCCUCAGUCUUCUGCCUCCCAAUGCUUUCGUGGGCCUCAUCACUUUCGGACGAAUGGUCCAGGUUCAUGAGCUUAGUUGCGAGUUGAUCUCCAAGAGCUACGUAUUCAGGGGCACCAAGGAUCUCACCUCUAAACAGAUUCAGGAGAUGUUGGGUUUAACAAAGCCUUCUGUAGCAGGACAGCCAGGGCACCCUCCUGCACCUCAAGAUGCUGCAGCCUCUUGCAGGUACGAAGGAGUAGCAACACCCCAUUUGCUGCUUUCCCUUAGUGAAUUGAAACUGUUUCUAAAAGUCCCACUAUUUAAAAUGGCAAUUGUCUCAUCCUUGAUAUUCAGGUUCCUUCAGCCUGUGCAUAAAGUUGAUAUGAAUCUGACCGAUUUACUGGGGGAGCUCCAGAGAGACCCCUGGCCUGUUCCCCAGGGUAAAAGGCCUCUCCGAUCAACUGGUGUUGCGCUGUCUGUUGCUGUCGGUCUGCUGGAGGGCACAUUCCCCAACACUGGUGCUCGCGUCAUGCUCUUCAUCGGUGGGCCCCCCACUCAGGGCCCCGGAAUGGUGGUGGGAGACGAGCUGAAAACCCCCAUCCGCUCCUGGCAUGACAUCCAGAAGGAUAACGCUCGCCACUUGAAGAAGGCUACAAAGUACUAUGAAGCCUUAGCCAACCGAUCAGCAGUAAACGGCCACAGUAUUGACAUCUACGCCUGUGCUUUGGACCAGACUGGGCUGCUGGAAAUGAAAUGUUUAUCUAAUCUCACUGGGGGACACAUAGUCAUGGGAGACUCCUUCAAUACCUCAUUGUUCAAGCAAACUUUCCAGAGAGUUUUCAACAAAGAUUAUAACGGCGACUUCCGCAUGGCCUUCGGAGGCAUCAUGGAGGUCAAGACUUCACGAGAACUGAAGGUAUGCGGGGCCAUUGGACCUUGCGUAUCGCUCAACUCAAAGGGCUCCUGCGUAUCCGAGAAUGAGAUGGGCGUUGGUGGCACAAGCCAGUGGAAAGUGUGCAGUCUUAGUCCUUCCACCACUUUGGGCAUUUAUUUUGAAGUGGUGAAUCAGCACAAUGCACCAAUCCCACAGGGUGGCCGGGGGGCAGUCCAGUUUGUAACCCAAUACCAGCAUUCCAACACUCAGAGGAGGAUACGUGUCACCACAAUUGCCAGGAACUGGGCAGAUGCACAGUCCCAAAUUCAGCACAUUGAGUCAUCAUUUGAUCAAGAAGCAGCCGCUGUGCUCAUGGCUCGCCUGGGCGUCUUCCGAGCAGAGUCGGAGGAGGGGCCCGAUGUGUUGCGCUGGCUCGACAGGCAGUUAAUUCGCCUGUGCCAAAAGUUUGGUCAAUUCAAUAAAGAUGAUCCAACGUCCUUCAAGCUGUCAGAGUCCCUGUCACUUUACCCUCAGUUUAUGUUCCACCUGCGACGGUCGCCCUUCCUGCAAGUGUUCAACAACAGUCCAGAUGAGUCCUCUUAUUACAGGCACCACUUUGUCAGGCAGGACCUGACACAGUCGCUCAUCAUGAUCCAGCCCAUCCUUUACUCGUACUCCUUUCAUGGCCCACCAGAGCCUGUACUCCUGGACAGCAGCAGUAUCCUUCCAGAUCGAAUCUUGCUGAUGGACACCUUCUUUCAGCUUGUUAUCUACCAUGGAGAGACCAUAGCCCAGUGGCGAAAAGCAGGAUACCAGGAAAUGGCCGAGUAUGAAAACUUCAAACAGCUGCUCCAGGCACCUUUGGAUGACGCGCAGGAGAUUCUACAGACGCGUUUUCCCAUGCCUCGCUAUGUCGAUACAGAGCAUGGAGGUUCGCAGGCCCGCUUCCUGCUCUCAAAGGUCAACCCUUCCCAGACCCACAACAACCUUUACGCUUGGGGACAGGAGACAGGAGCACCAAUCCUGACUGAUGACGUCAGCCUGCAGGUCUUCAUGGACCACUUGAAAAAACUGGCUGUGACCAGCUCUGCGUAGAGCUGUCAACAUCCCACUUUACCAUUGGGGAGAACACAAGCAAUUGACUCGACAUUCCAGUUCAGCUGUCAGCAUCCACCGAGUGUCUGCCUCCAAAUGUUCUUGCUUUUAUUUUUUUUCCCUGUCUCCACUCCUGUCACCUUUUCGGUGUGCGAUUGGCAAAAUCUCCCUUUCUGUUAUACAGUAUGUUUGACAUUACUAAGUGAUGCUUAAUGCAAAUACGUUUGCUUUGUCUGGAACUAAAGAAAUGAAGUGUAGAAAAUGUAAUUAUUGCCCUAAAUAAAUUGUAAUGAAUGUACAUGUAA